GCUGCGACCGCUACGAGCCGCUGCCGCCCGCGCUGCCCGCCGCGGGCGAGCAGGACUGCUGCGGGGAGCGCGUGGUCAUCAACAUCUCGGGGCUGCGCUUCGAGACGCAGCUCAAGACCCUCUGCCAGUUCCCCGAGACGCUGCUGGGCGACCCCAAGCGGCGCAUGCGGUACUUCGACCCGCUUCGCAAUGAGUACUUCUUCGACCGCAACCGACCCAGCUUCGACGCCAUCCUCUACUACUACCAGUCCGGGGGCCGCAUCCGCCGGCCAGUCAACGUGCCCAUCGACAUCUUCUCCGAGGAGAUCCGCUUCUACCAGCUGGGCGAAGAGGCCAUGGAGAAGUUCCGUGAGGAUGAGGGCUUCCUGCGGGAGGAGGAGCGGCCCCUGCCCCGCCGAGACUUCCAGCGCCAGGUGUGGCUGCUCUUCGAAUACCCCGAGAGCUCGGGGCCGGCCCGGGGCAUUGCCAUCGUGUCGGUGCUGGUCAUCCUCAUCUCCAUUGUCAUCUUCUGCCUGGAGACGUUGCCCGAGUUCCGCGACGAGAAAGACUACCCCGCCUCCCAGCCCCAGGACGUGUUCGAGGCCACCAACAACAGCACGUCGGGGGUAGCCUCUGGGGCCUCCAGCUUUUCAGACCCCUUCUUUGUGGUGGAAACCCUGUGCAUCAUCUGGUUCUCCUUUGAGCUGCUGGUGCGGUUCUUCGCUUGCCCCAGUAAAGCCACCUUCUCCAGAAAUAUCAUGAACCUGAUAGACAUUGUGGCCAUCAUCCCUUAUUUCAUCACUCUGGGCACUGAGCUGGCUGAGCGACAGGGUAAUGGGCAGCAAGCCAUGUCUCUGGCCAUCCUGAGGGUCAUCCGCCUAGUAAGGGUCUUCCGCAUCUUCAAGCUCUCCCGCCACUCUAAGGGGCUGCAGAUCCUGGGGCAGACACUGAAGGCUUCCAUGCGAGAGCUGGGGCUGCUCAUCUUCUUCCUCUUCAUAGGGGUCAUCCUCUUCUCCAGUGCCGUCUACUUUGCUGAGGCAGACGACCCUUCUUCGGGUUUUAACAGUAUCCCGGAUGCCUUCUGGUGGGCAGUGGUAACCAUGACAACUGUCGGUUACGGUGAUAUGCACCCAGUGACCAUAGGAGGCAAGAUUGUGGGCUCUCUUUGUGCCAUCGCAGGUGUCUUGACCAUUGCACUGCCAGUCCCUGUAAUUGUUUCCAACUUCAAUUACUUCUACCACCGGGAGACAGAAGGGGAAGAGCAAGCCCAGUACAUGCACGUGGGAAGUUGCCAGCACCUCUCCUCUUCAGCUGAGGAGCUCCGAAAAGCCCGGAGUAACUCCACCCUGAGUAAGUCGGAGUAUAUGGUGAUCGAAGAGGGGGGUAUGAACCACAGCGCUUUCCCCCAGACACCUUUCAAAACGGGAAACUCCACUGCCACGUGCACCACGAACAAUAAUCCCAACUCCUGUGUCAACAUUAAAAAGAUAUUCACUGAUGUCUAAUAUAUGAUACCGUUGACAUACUGUGCCCAGUAUUGUGUGGAACGUGCUCCCUUGGUCUGUGUAUACCCUUGAUUUAUACAUCUCCAGACCAUUCAUCAAGGAAAGGACGUGAAGUGGAAAAGCACACUUCAUUCUCCCUCUCCCUACUGCUUCAUACUGAAACAGGUGUCUGUUCUGCAAGUGGGCUGCAUUCUCUCAGCUCUUUUUUUUUCCCUCUCUCUCUCUCUCUCCCUGUCUUUUAAUUUUGUGACCAACAAACUUGCAUUAAAGCUUGACUUCUAGUGCACGCCCUAUGAAAAGCUACAUCCUGGGAGGAAAUGAAACUAAAGAUUCAGAGUAACUGUUUAACCUCAAAAUCAAAAGAUAGUUGUUUCUUUACUGAGUCAAGGAGGCAGAACUUAAAUGAUGCUCCUGUUUGGUGGACCUUUCAUUCUGUUUGUGGAUUUAAUUACUAUUUAACUACUUGGCCUCUAGAUAUGUGGACAGAAAGUCUAACUACAGCCAUGACUUAUAAACCCACCAUAAAUUUAUUUUGUUUUUGACUGGUCUUUCAGUUUGAAUCUCUCCUCUAAGAAUUGGAGGUUCGCAAUAACUUUGAACCAAAAGGGAAAUGGCCCAAAUGUCCUGAUACGAGUAUUAACUCUUGGGAGUUUGCAAAGCAUUUUGAAAGGACGAGACACGGAUUCUAGUGAAGUUGUGAGUGUGUGCCCCAGCCGACAUCUGCAACAGCCUAGAAACUCGUUUACAGUGCUGCCAAGAGAAACCACGAAAAUUCCUAGUGUAUGUGAGAGAUAAGAUGCUUCGGUGUCACAAGGAGAUUAAAGUGGCAGACACCCCUUCCAGCGGAAGUUACUAAUUCGGACCUGACUGAUGCAGUUCCCAUAGCAACCCAUGUUUCCUGGGAAACCCGAAAAAGGUUGUCAUGGCAUCUUUUGCUCUUUAGCCCCACCCCCCUCAGGCCUUGCCGUUUCCACAGUAACCUUUCCAGAUGGUUCCUACUUAUAUGAUUUCAUAAGAAAAAAACACUAUUUGAAUAAACCGCACAAAUCAAGAUGAUAAAGAGGUGAAAUGGAUCUCAAAAUGCUUUUUAUAUUUUAUAUAAGUCAUUGAUGUUAUCCCAUAAUGACUGAAUCAAAAAAGGAAAAUAUCAUAUUUGGAAUGUUAUGUGUAAGCCACAACAAGGCAGGAUCUGAAUUAAAUGUCAGUUAUUUGCUAACAAUUUUUAAAGAUGCUUCUUACAGAGAAAUGGCAAGCCAACAGAUGAAAUGAAAACAGCAAUAUAAACAUGUUCUGUACAUAAGCAAGUGAAAGUCGUUGUACCCAAAGUCUUACUGCAAGAUACCUUCAGAUUUCCUCGUUAAAAAAGAAACACAUCCAGACCCCACAACAGGACUGUCACCACCACAGCACUUGAAAAGCAAAAUUAACCUCAAAUAUAUGAGGAAUGCAGAUUUCAUUGAGCGGAUUAUAGUCAAUUAAAAGGAGGAUCAGGAAAUAGCCAGACCUUGAGAGAACACCUGCAAAUUUCAGCCACAUGCUGAGGGGUGCCAGCAAACAGACAGAAUCAGGUCCCUCAAGAGCCCCACAUAAGGAACUGCAGAGUGACCCUGACCAAAAGGAUGCUCAGCUUUAAACUGCUUGGAUGAGAGUGCAGUGACAGUUACAUAUUUUCAUUUCAGUUAGUAUUCAGAUACAUCUCUAACAAAUGCUCCAUGUGAAGAAAGAACUCAAAGCUGGGGGGUACUCUUCAUAUUAUGAAUGGUACGAAUGAUAUCGAGCAGGAGAGAAAGAGGACAUUAAAAAAAUUUAAAUUAAAGAAAUAAAAUGUUAAGGUAUCAUUUCAAACUGUUGACAUUCUGGUGGAGUCAAAUCAUCCAAAAACUACAAUCAGUGUCACAGAUAAAGAUAACCUUGUAUGUGUUUCUAACAAGCCAACUAUUGUUGUUGGUUGUUUGUUUGUUUUUUUUUUCAUUUAAGUAUUGGACUGUAUUUAAUUGUGAACAUGUUCCUAUAGUCUAUGUUCUGGGUUAGGUUUAACUUUAUCUGUGAGUGUGUGAUUAUACCAAAGGCUUCCAUUGGUAGACUAGCCCAUUCACACAAAUAAGUGAAAGUAACACUGUGCCCAGAUGAAUGGUAUUAAAGACAGACUUGCCUAAAAGAAAUGUGCCUUGCUUGAUUAAACAGUCUUUUAUUUUUUAAUUCAAAAUGAUAGAUUAACAAAUUAGAUUUUAGGUAGGUUUUAGUUGACCUUAAUUUUACAAAAAUGUAUUAGUACUUACUCUAUGUUUAAUUUGUCUGUGUUGACUAAAAUUACAAUAUUUAGUUAUACUUAGGCAAUUCAUAUAUAUCAAGUUCUAUUUUAUUUUCAUGGGAUGUUUGGUACAGUAAGACAAAGUACAUUCUUAGAGAUAUAUGUAAUAUCUCAUCUGAUGUUUAUUACUUUUCCUUCAAAAUUAUAUGUGUAAAAUAUUCUUUGCCUCAUUUUCUAUUUUUAUAUUCUUUUAGAAAUGGAACUCUUUUUCAAUUAAGAAAGGGCAAAUUUUUAGUUGGAAAAGAGACUUGGGAGGUCCUAAAGAUGGCGUCCCAUUUGGGAACAUUUAACUUCUGUGCCAUUAUUGUAUUUACUGUGACAUCUCAGCAGAAUGGUAGCUAUUUGUAUAUUAUUUCAUAAGCCUUAUGGAAAGUCAAACUGUGAACAUUUAGUAUGUACACUACUUUAUUCAUUUCCAUAGUUUACUGUCAAGAUACUCCUGAACAAGUGGAUGAAAAUAAUGAGUACUUUUAGAAGUUUAAUUACUAUGGAAAAUAUAUCAAUUUCAAAGCCAGGAAUAUAAAUUUUAUGAUGACCUAAAAAAUUCAAGUGAUGAAUUUCAUUCAUCUAUAAGAAUCUUAACUAAGCAGCCAUUUACCUAGUAGCCUCCAAAUAGGUAGAAAUACAAUCCAGGUAACUUUCUUUGAGGCAACGUCUAAAAUGAAUUUUUAAUAAUCUCCUGGCUAUUUCUUCAUGGUCAGAACAUGGAGACCAUACCAAUGUCAUUUUAGUGAUGAUAAAGGGAUGACAACUAUCUUUGAUUUGAGUGAUGUGAGUCUCCAAUAGAGAUAGUUAUGACUAAAGUGAAAAUAUAGCCGCCGCCACCUUGUUUUUGUUAGUGUUCACUCAUGUGGUAGAGAUACUGGCACAGGGACUAGUUAGCCCUUUGCAAUUAUCUGACUCCUCAUAACUGAGGGUCACAGCCCCAUUAGCAGCAAAGCAAUGCUUGUGGAUGGAAUCAAAACAGGGGUUCUUAAACGUUCAGAUGCUUUUAUAAGGAUCAGUAGGUGAUGCAAAACUACUUUAUGCAAGAACUACUUUCAUACAAUGACCCAACUUUAAGCAAUGUAAUAUAUAUAAUAGUAUAUCUGUUUCAUGAUUAUAGGCUACAGUUCAAAUAAAGACAAAACCUGGACUUUUACCCCCCCACACACACACACACCAAAGAAAAGCACAGAACAGUAUCAGAUAUAUAACAUACCAAAACAUUCAUAUGAUGAGUGAUAAAAAAUAGCAUGAGCUUAGAUAACAGGAUACUGGCAUUCUUACCCACUACCUACCUCUGGGACCCCAGGAAGUCAUUACCUUUGCUAGGCUUUGGUUUCUUGAAUUGCAGAGUGGGCAUGCCAGGUUCAGCAAACUCAAAAGCCCUUUCCAGCUACCAAAUCCUGUUAUACACAUUUCUUUAAAAAUGCUUUGAAGAAUACUUACACACUAAGAUUUUUAUGCAUUUCUAAAGAAUAAAUUGAAAUGAGAUUUAAGCCUUGAAAGUGCCAUGAAUAUAUCUCCUUCUUUAAAUUGUGAGAAGAGGAAAUAGGAUUCCUUCUUCUUUAAGAUCUUUCACUCAUCUAUAAUAGGAUCAUGAAAAAUGGGGUGGGGGGCAUCCCAAAGGGAAGCAGAUUAAUGAAAUAGCUAACAAGAUGGGGCAGGUAUUGGUAACAUUAAUUGGAUGUUAAGGUGAUUUGCAAAGUGUGCAUGAAAUGCUGAAAUGGUCCCAGGAACUCUAUUGCACAUUAUGAGACUAAAGGUAGGAAAAGGGGUGGGAAAAGACUGGAGAACAGAAGUGUUUGCCUUAUUAUCUCUUUAAUCUUUUUACACAUGGGGAUCUGCAUUGCAAUGCUUGGAUCUGCCAAUCACCCAUUUGCCCCAGGAAAGUCCCUUUAACUUCUCAAUACUCCAAUGUCUUAAUCUGUAAAGUGAAGAGUUUAAAUUUGAAUUUAGUAAUCUGCAUAUUUCUUUUCAUCUUUUAACAUUGUGUAGCAUUUUAGAUUCUUAACAUAUAUGCAUUGAUCCUCCAUCAGUCACUACGAUGCCACAUAGUUCUCAAGUAACUGAAUAGAUUAUGAACUCAAACAUUUAUAUUCCUAAUAUUACUACUUGACCUUGACAAGACUUAAAAAACUUAGACCUCAUUCUCCUUCAUAUAUGGCUUAAUUAUUAAAAUUUGUCAUUUCAUCUUUUAAUGUUGAGUUCAUUACCUAAACAAAUGUCUUCUCAAGCUACUCUCCAUAACUUGUUGUAAUUUAGUAAUCAGAUAUAUUGGCAUACCAAUGAACUAUAGCUGACUGUAAGAUACAAUUUUGUCACAUUUAAAAGUUAAUGACCUUUUGGUCCCAGAAGCUAUAACUAUAAUAUAAAAGAAUAUUCAUAAAAUGUUGUGAAUUUUUUAAUACAAAGGAGGCCCGAUGGAGCCAUACUGUAAUUAGUUUUGCUCAGGAGUGAGAAAAACAUUCAGGGAUAACCCAAACACUUCUGUUUGGCAUUAGUGGACAUCUGGGGAAAGAAGGGUUAUAUCUUUUGCACAACAGAGAUAACAAGUGACGAUACCCGUUAAAAAUGGGAGUAUUUUCUGGUGGCUGGCUUUAGUAUAGGAAGAGAUAUGUUAAAAGAAUGCCAGAAUCCAGACACUAGAAAGUUAUUUAAAGUGGUAGGGGUCCAUUGAAUAACAGAAAUAUUUUGUCAUACUGAGAUUAUUUGUCCAUAAAGUUAGUCUUAUAUCCCUUCCAUUCAGAAAAGGGGGCAGCUUUCAAAAGCCUCUGUUGUAAUAGGAAAUGUAUAUUUUGACCAGUGAAGCAAUUAGCUAAAGCAUUUAAUCUGGUCAUUUUAGUUUUGUGAAUCUGAAUUUUCAUCGUAGGUAUAACUUAGUCUCUUGCACAUGUGAUUGUGUCCGUGAUUGUGAGGAAUGACUUCAUCAGUUUCGUUUUUCUUUGAAGUUGAUAAAAUGUGCUAAGUGGUGAUUCCAGCAUACUAUGUUAAUACUGUACCCUACAACCAUUUGUGAACUGGCCACGCUAAACAAACCAUAGUGUUUUUUUUCUGGUAAAUUGUUUCUAUGGUGUGAUUGUUUCAUGCUGGGGUUGGGGGUGGGGGAAUUUAAGUAUUUAGUUUACUUAAAAUGUAUAAGUGUUUUUCUUAAAUGCCAUAAAAUUGUGUGACAAUAAACCAAAUAGGAAUAUCCUCUUUUUCAACUGUGAUAGAACUGUAUAGACUACUUUGGGGACUACCCCAUAAAUGCUGUCAUGUGUUUUUAAAAAGCUUAUAUAUUAUAUAUGUAUCAUACAAUAUAUACCACACACAAAGGAAAGCAAACAGUGUAUGUAGUGUUUCUUGGAGUCUACAUGUGUUUAUUUUCAUAGAAUACGUAUGCAUUGCAAAGACCAUCAACAUGUUCUAUUUAAUUUCUAAAACACUAUCCACACGGACUACUAAUAGCAUCUGAAGUUUAGAGACAGCACAGCCAAGGUUUUAAAGAGUCAAGUGACUUAUCACAGAUCAUGUGCCCAUAAGUGGCUCUAAAUGUCAUUCUCUUUACACUUUUCACCCUGGCAUGUUGUGUGUUCUUUAUCACUGCCAUUAUAUUUCAAAAUGAAACUUCAAAAUAUGUUGAGAUUUUAAGGUUUUAGUGAAAAGGAGUCAUUGGGAUUGUGUUAGACCUUCUUAGAUAACUUCCAAACUGUAUCUACCUACAUGAAAUACCCAAAGAUUUCCCCACUAAGACAAUGUUAAGUCCCCACACCCAAAGCAUACAUCCUCAUACAUGUUUAAUGUCAUCACGCAAAACUAAACAAUGUCCUUCAUCUAUCUUUUUCACUUGCUUUUUAAAAAGUCCAUCAUAGCGGCCGGGCGGUGGUGGCGCAUGCCUUUAAUCCCAGCAUUCAGGAGGCAGAGCCAGGUGGUUCUCUGUGAGUUUGAAGCCACCUUGGUCUACAGAGCAAGAUCCAGGACAGGCACCAAAACUACACAGAGAAACCAUAUCUUGAAAAACCAAAAAAAAAAGUCCAUCGUGACAACUAAUUCCUGAACAGUAUUUUUAAAGCAACUAGAGAAAUUGCAGCAAUUAUGAUUCAAAGGGGGAAAAAACUUGGCUCCCAUAGCAAUCAUUUUUUUAGUCUUUUGUUUUUGUAUGAGUGGAGAAGACAGAGAAAGGAUUUGGGGAGGGAGUGUAUAUUUUAAAGAAACGCUACCAUUUCCAGUAACUAUAUGGAAAUACUGGAUUAUUAAAUCAUAGGUAGCAGUUUGUUAACAUUAGCCAUAGUCUAAAUACUGGUAAGCUUUUCACUCAUUUAUUGAUGUACUUGAGGAUUUUCCCAAGUUACAUUACAACCCAAUGACUUCUCAGUUUGAAUACAAAGAACAGUCAUGUUUUCAUCCAUGACAGAUACUACAUUUUUUUCUCAAAUAUCACUAGUACUGCUUUCUCUUGUAAAUCAAUAGUCUGUGAUAUGUUCUGUACUUCUCUGUGCAAUGCAGUGUUAACUGUGAAUAUUUAAAUGAAAGGUGUUUAUUAUACUGGCAUUUAAUAUUUCCUACCAUUGACUUCAGUUUUCCCCAUUUAAUAGAUAAGUCAAUCAAGUAUUAUUUUGUAUGAAAUGAAGUAAUAGUUAUUCAUAAUAACAAUGGUAUUCUAACUACAAUGUCAAACAUGCAUUUUAUAUUUUUAUAUUCAUUUUCUUUUGACAUUGAGUUAGGUCAAUUUACCAUGUAGUAAUGUAAAGGUAAAUUCAUACACCAUGUUCUCUGCUUAAUUUGGGUCCUUUUGUUAAGUAACUACCUAUGAGUUUUGAUUGUGUGAUAUUUUCCUGUGAUGACUGUUUUUUAAUUUGUCAUUGCACUUGAAGUGUUUAUUGCAAAUGUUAAAAACAGAAUCCAAUAAAAUACCUGGAAAUGUCCUAUUGCAGUAAUAA